AUGCGACCGGUAAACCGCGGUCCCGCCGCAGGCGGGUCAGGACGAGGAGGAAACCGUCGUCGACGAAUUGCCAACGGACGACGGGGUGUCCAAGUGUCCUGGAGUAGAAGGAGAAGGAGUGAUCGGAGUAACAGUGCCCGUAGGAGACGGAAGGAUAGCAAGCUAUGGGGGGGGGGUCAGGAAAGACGUGCAGACGUUAAUGCGGUAGCAACAGCCGGAGGACGAGGAGAAAGAGGAGCUGCAGGAUAUUAUCCGAAAAUCUCAGCACGUCGAAGUGUUCUAGGCGCACCACGUUUUAUUUUUCUUAACUCGUGUCGAUAUCUAAAAUAA